AUGAACACUCCUCCCAGCCAUGGCAAUAUCGACGAAGCGAGAAAGAGUUGGACAACUGGUCCUAUACCACUCGCAGCGGUGGGUUUUCUCCCGACAAGGCCCGCAAACAGCAACAAACGCGCAUCCUCGGAUUUGACCGCUGCAAAGGCUGCGCGUGUCGCCCCCAGCUCGACCUCUUCCCUGUCCCAUAAACGAGGAUGUACGACUGCUGUGCGAAGUGUUUGCGCCUAUGAUGAGCGGCCCGUCAAACUCUUGAGAUCUAAUUCAAAAGUCGCCAAAUCCCCCGGAUACCGACACCGGAAGUUACGGCGUUCUGUAUCUCCGAAGUACCCGCUCGUGCACCGCCGCAACCCGCACCACUCCAGCGCGUCGUCGCAAGAUCGCAGCCCCAGUUUCAGUCCUUCCAGCACCGGCGCUCAGGCCAUUAUGGCCUUGCGGGAACUUAACCAGAAUAAUGAAAGCGAGGACAAUCAUACUACGGACGUGCAACACCAGGAGAGGUCAGCAUCCGGCUCUGGUUCGAACGUCAGCGGCCGCGCGAUCAAUUCGACGCCAAUGAAGUCCAUUCCUGUACCGCCUGAACCGACACAUGGCAAUUCCGAUGAUGGAGAAGGAAAACGGAGACCCCCCGGGGACCCCACGACUAUGUCCAGCGAAGAAGGCCCAGGUACUGAACGGAUGACUUCCCUACAGCUACCGCAGCUAGAGACUCAUCCGUUAACAGAAGAGCAAUUGGUCAACGAGGUCCGCGGGAUCUACGCCGGAUUGGUGAUGGUGGAGAAGAAAUGCAUCGAGAUUGAUAAGCAGCAGGCCGAAUCGAAGAAUAAGUUGUCAGAUCAUCAGUGGCAGGCGCUGAUUUCAUUGCAUCGGACGCUGCUUCAUGAGCAUCAUGAUUUUUUCCUCGCUUCGCAGCACCCGUCUGCAAGUCCGGUUUUGAAAAAGUUAGCAGAGAAGUACGCUAUGCCAGCGCGUAUGUGGCGUUAUGGGAUCCACUCGUUUUUGGAAUUGCUGCGCCAUCGACUUCCAGAUUCACUGGAGCAUACGCUUACGUUCUUGUACUUGGCUUAUUCGAUGAUGACUCUUCUCCUGGAGAGCGUGCCUGCAUUUGAGGAUACUUGGAUUGAAUGUCUUGGUGAUCUAGCCCGCUACCGCAUGGCCGUAGAAGAAUCCGACCUCCGGGAUCGCGAAACCUGGGCCGGUGUGGCCCGGUACUGGUACCACCAGGCAGCCGACAAGAGCCCGAACGUUGGCAGGAUCCAACAUCAUCUUGCCGUUCUUGCUCGCCCGGACAUGCUUCAACAGCUGUUCUACUACACAAAAAGUCUGGUUAGUCUGCACCCGUUUCCUAGUGCUGGAGAGAGCAUUCAGUUAUUGUUUCACCCGCUUCUGAACGGCCCCAAACCAUACAAUCAACCGGUAGUUGCUUCUGCGUUUGUGGCUGCUCAUGGCAAUCUCUUCUCGCAAGGUCCGCUUUCUGAUCUCAAGGUGCUUGUGAACGAAUAUCUGUUGCAUCUGGAUAAAUACGUUGGUCGACUAGGAAACUCGUUCAAGUUGCAUGGAGUUUAUAUGGCAUCGUGCAAUUUGGCUGCCAUUUCUCAAUACGGAGUCGCUGAUGCCGUGGUACCCGCUGAAUUCAAAGAGCAGCAACAAGACGGAUCAAUGACUGCAUCAGACAGCUGGACGUCUGUUGAUAAAGUGGACGCAAUUGAAGCUGAGUUUUGCGAGUUUCAGGACUCGCAGUCUCAAAGAACGGUCUACUACGGCGCUCAUCUCGCCUUCAAGACUCUCUCUGCCUUCCUGGAUCACAUAGGCAACAAGAACGUCUUUCCAGCAGUGCACGCUUACCUCGCCUUUAUCUGGUGCAUGGCGCUCAAUAAUACCAGUAUUAAGCAUAUCGAAGUAGCUGUUCCCUGGAGCAAGCUUGCUACAUUCCUUAACGCAAUGCUGCGCAGCAACACGGAUCUCCGCGUUCUUGAGCGCACAGAGUUCCCCGUUGCAGAUGAUAGGAAGUGCUUCCCGGAGGAUUUCCUUCUCCGGGGGCAGGUUUGGAGUCAGGGAUAUUUCCCUGCGGAUCACUUCAAGGGUGCUUGGGCGGAAGAUGAGGGGCGUACGAUCGAGGUGCCUUCUUUGAGUAUGGCUAGGAUGUAUCGGUGUCUGUGGUUGGGGGUUCGACUUGCGAUGUUCCACCGUUGGAUCACGUAUGGUCCGGAUUUCCGAAGCUUCACAGUGACAGCAUUCGCUCUGGAACUCGAGAAACGCGUUGAGCGCCUUGAUCCUUUCGCCACAGAGCCAGACGCUGGCUCUGAUAAAGAGAUGCAGGAUUCCUAA